ACUGUGACCGCUGUGGAGAGAGAGUGUGUGGCUCCGGCUUUCUCGGUAGUGUUGUCUCAUAAUUAUAAUUGCUAAAGGAAAAUGGACCACAAGGGAUUGUAAGGCAUGCUAGGCUCAAAGAGGAACCGAAGCUGAGCGAAAUAUGCAAUGGAAAGGCUUGAGACUCUCACUCCGGACGAGAUCUGUCUCCUCCUGCAACUCCCCCGCAACCUGACAGUGGAGGCCUAGAUUUGAGAGAGAGAGAGAGAGAGAGAGAGAGAGAGAGAGAGAGAGAGAGAGAGAGAGAGAGAGAGAGAGAGAGAGAGAGAGAGAGAGAGAGACGGAGAGACGAGUGUUCAGACGGUCCUUCACCCGUCGAGUUCAACAGCCACUCGAGGAGGAUCUCCAGCUAUCGCGUCGGGGAGUGACAGCUGGCUCCUUUGUUCUCCCGACGGAAGUCUUCGCAACAACUUUUCUCUUCCUCUCUGCGUUUCCCAUUUCCAUCUUCGUUGUGUUUUUUUAAUUUCAUUUGUCGUUCUCCUCUUCACCUUUUUGCUUUCAAAUCUUUCUCUCCUUGGCUCUCCUCAUAGGGCAAUUCGUCCUCCCAAACGUGCUGAGGAAGCCUUGAUGCCUUGGUGAAUAAAGCGCCAUCCUGAGUUUUGGCUGUUCCUCCUCCUCAAUAAACAUAUAUCUGAUUCCUCGUCCGCCGAAGACAACGCCAACAAACCCGAGAAAGAGAAAGAAGAGCCAAAACUAGCGUCGUUAGGCUAAGCCUCAUUCAUUACGAAGGCAACAUCGCCGACGUAACACCCGAUCAGUGUAUGAAUACAUGAAUGGAGGAUGAGUCGAGCAGCUGACCUGGACGCCGCCUUUAUAGCCUUCGAAGGUCGUCAGUCGUCCUUAAGUCACGUAAAGUAAGUCUUUAGCUCUCUAAGAAGGACGAGGACCGAUGGCCAAUCACCAGAGACAUUAGGCUCAUUGAGGAGAAGUACAUGUUAAUCUGUUUUCAUAUCAAGUCAGCACGAGACAAAAGCGACCUCUAGAAGAAGCUCUCUGUCGGAAGACCGUCUCCGGCGAGGCCUGACAAGAGAUAGGAGUGCAUGUCUUCUGGUCGUCCUCCUGCCUAGACCCGUGGCGUCCUAUUAGAGAAUAAGAAUAUUAUCUUGCCAAAUAAGUUCCCCGUCCCUAUCCCCUCCUCCCUCGACCACCACGGGCUCAUUCGAUUCCUCAGAUACACCCAUAAGUAUUUUCCCCUCACUUUUUCCCCUCACUCCCUUCCCCGGAGAGCACAGUCCAAGUCGCCUUCCUCUGAACGCGCGUGUUCCAUCCCCUUCCCUCCGUACCUCCCUCCCUCCACCUCCGCCCCGCCCCCCGUGACACAUAUCAACCCCCUCGAUGUCUCCACAUUUCAAUGCCGUCCCGAGAUUACGUCCUUACAUGCAAUAUUUUUCCUUUCCUCUCUUCAUACAUCUUCGGAAUUUAUAUCUUUCUCAGACUCCAAACCACAUCGAGAACGCCGCUUUGCAGAUCCUGUCGAAUGAAGGAGUUUAACUGCAACUUCUUUUCCUUUCUCUUUCAUCUCUCAUUGACGUGAAGUUGCAGAUCUCAAAGGAUUAAAGAGAAAUAUAUUUGUAUCUUCACACAUUACUCAAGUUUGAUUUAAUUACGCAACUUUUUUUUUUUUUUUCAUUCCCUCAUCCAAUCCGAACCAGCAUCCGUAUUUGUACACACACACACAUACGUUUAUAUAUGCAUACACAACCCCUAAGUAUGAUAAAGAAGAAAGCAUACCCCAGCCAUUUCGUACGACACACCUAAACCACCUUAAGAAAAAAAAAAAAAAAAGCCUCAGAAAAUAUUAAAAAAAAAAAAAAAUCCCAGUGCCACCCCAGGAUUACCCACAACCUGGCCCGCGGGAAGAGUGCCUUAACUGGCAUCGCUGAAGAGGCAGAAGGAGGCGGAGGUGGGUGAUGGAGCGAGAACAUGUCGUGCGUCUGUUGGCGGUGUGCCUGGCGCUGCCCUCCCUCGUCUACUACAUCCUGAUGGGCAGCGACACCAGCACCGUCAGAUACCAUCCGCUUCCUACUGAGCAGUCGUCACCGUCACCUCCAGCGGUUGACUCUUGUGCCACGUGCGACCCCGAGUUCGAUAUUGACGUGGGUGGCGUUCGCGCAGACGACCCGGAUGAGCUGUGGUGGAGCGACUGGGAGAAAGUGCAGCGCAGCAGAAGGGAAGCGCUCGCCCACGGAUGCAAGCACCACAAGAACCUCCGCGGCAAGUCGUUCUUCAAGCUGGUUACCAACCGACGCUAUCUCUACAACCUCGUGAUCGACGAUAAGCACAGGACUGUGUAUUGUUACGUGCCGCAGGUUGCAUGCACGAACUGGAAGCGGAUGAUGAUGAUUCUCUCCGGAAGAACGAACAAGACCGAUCCGCUCGCCAUCCGCUCGUACGUCCCGCACGUCGAGGGGGUUCUGCCCAGACUCUCCUCCUCGCGAAUGACGAGCUCGCUGCUCCAUCACAAACUCCGAACGUACACCAAGUUCCUGUUCGUGCGCCACCCCGUGGAGCGCCUCGUCUCCGCCUACCGGAACAAGCUGGUCAUCAACUCCACGUCGGCGGCAGACUUCAAGCGCAGGUACGGCGUCAAGAUCCUGAAGAAGUUCCGCAAAGGCGACGCCGUGCAGAACAUCUCGAAGACAGGCCACGGCGUCACCUUCGCCGAGUUCGUGUCGUACCUGAUCGAGAAGCGUCACGACAGCCCGCAGAGCAUGAACGAGCACUGGGCGCCCUACGUGGAGCUGUGCCACCCGUGCUUCAUCAAGUACAACAUCAUCGGCAAGUACGAGACGCUGGAGGAGGACGCCGAGUACGUGUUGAGGAAGAUCGGGGCGCCGCCCAAGCUGCACUUCCCGCCUCUGGUCAUGUCGAAGACAACCGCGCUCGUCGAGUCUCACAUGAACACGCUCACGCCCGCGCUCAGGAAGAAGCUCUACGACGCCUACCGGCUCGACUUUAAGCUCUUCGGAUACGAUUAUGUGAAGGAGAAAGAUUAUGUGACUCAAGAAAAUGGCAGUUAGUGCUUUUGGACAUUUGAAACUUUCUCUUUUUUCAAAAGUAAACUUAUAUUCACGGAAGAGAGGCAGUGCGUUGCGAAAGCUGAUUUAAGUUCUUUGUACAGCUAUUUACAUACACACGGAUGAUUUUCCAGGAUAUCGCAGCGCCGUUUUGCCAAUACAUGAUAGAGAUCGGAAUUUAGUUCCUCUGCUUAGUUUAUAGUUUUCACGAAUGACGUCAGCAUCUCUCCUUCACCUUAUUCGUUAAUGAUAUUUAAUACCCAAACUCAAGCCUACGAGUGUUAACCCCUUAUCGAAAAUCUGACAUUAGCUACGAGACAAGGCAUGGAAAUUAUAAAGAAAUUCAUGUAUGUGAUGUUUGAAAUCGAGGUAAUGGCUGAUAUCUUCCAUUUCGUCAGAAAAUUGCCAUUACUACUUCUUGGUGUUGAAAGAGGACCAUACGUUUGGUACAGUAUUGCAUAUCUGCAUUCACUAUUUGACGAAAGAUAAAGGUUGUUGUUGAUUUUAGUGCAACAUUUCUGCAAGAUGUCACAGCCUUAAAAAUUGCAAGGGACACGAAAUGCAACGGAAAUCUGAAUUUCCUACACACUACUUAUCAUCCGCUGAAGGCAUUAAACAACUAGUUUAGAAAUUUAAACUGUACGUUUAGUUCCCAUUAGGAAUAUUAUGUUCAAUUACAAUAUAACUGGAAGCUUAGAUAAUGGAAGUCGGACCAAACCCUAGUUGAAGCCAGAAAUAAUUUUUUGGAAGAUAAAUAAUACGAUAUUUUCAUGGCAAGGAAAGUGUCACGAGAUCCAAGUUGUGACGAAAAAAAAUCAUGCACAAGGAAAAUUUUCAUGCAACUGUGUCAACUAUUCUUGGAGAUGCUGAAGUUAUUCUUUUCCUAUGUCAUUAUUUUUGACAUCCUCAUUUGGCAACGAUGACAUCAGCCUCUUCCGCUGCCAGGUACCAUUCUAUCGAAAUUGAAAGGGAAUGAAAAGGGAAGAAGCUCGAAACCUUGACGACACGCGGUACAAAAGACAUAUACGGGUGCAGAAUAUUCACACACGUGGAGUUCUGGUUUGUUAUCUCUUUCAUAUAAAAGCAAUAAUUGACGAUGGAAGUGCGUUAAGUGUUACCGCUGCCAGAGACUUGUGUGUGAUUUACAAUAAUGUGUUUAUUUUCUUGUGACGAUCCGCGGACGAAAGCCCAAGAAGAGACGUUUCGAAGACAGGAUUAUAUGUUGGUUCCAUUCCAGACAGGCUUCCUUGGAAUGAAUCCUCUUCGUUUAGGUCUAUGCCUUAUUCUGUAAAGUGAAAAAUGAUAUCGUAAGUGAAACUGCAGAAAAAUCAUAAAAGAACGGAAAUUGUGCAUUGUACUCUUGUUUGCCAUUAAAAAAACAAAAUCCGGAAAUCGUAAUUACAGGUUCAUAUCUUAAUCAAAUGCCAAGUAAUUACGCCAAUUGGUCGUUAGAUCAGUUCCCUAAGCAGACGAUCCAUCCAGGAUCAUCUGUUAGAGUCAGUAGUAGUAAUUACAAAAUUCCGACAGAAUACAAACCUGUUUUGAUCUUAGUACAUCUGUAUGCGUGAGCUCAGUUCACACAUUUACCUCUUCACCUAGUUACCAACCUCAUUCAUUUUCAUCACAUGUUUAUAAAGAAAAUAAUAUUUUUCAUUAAUCGAAUGUUCACGAUAUAACGAACGAAGGCAGGGUUGUGUGCAGUCGAUGUAAUCUGUGAUAAUUGCGUGACUUAAUGAGGUGGCGAAAGUUCUAUAAAUUUCUUGUAAAAAUAUUCAUGUGGGAAAAAAUACACUCGGUGUUGUAUCUUUGUAACAAUGUCCCUUCUCAACCUAUGACAAUACAGUAAGAAUUGUAUACAGAUGACAGAUACUGAGAAGAUACUGUCUCACUACUGUCUCACUCCUCGCGAAAAAAGCGAGAGAGAAAACGGCAUGACUUGAACUUAAAGUGCUGAAUGUCAGCAUCAUGAACAUAUAAGCUCAUGAACAACGGUUAUACUAAUAUCUCUUACACGCUAUUUUAGAUUGUUUUCUCCAUGCAGCGAUUUGGUUGAUAAAUGUUGAUUCCAGUUAUACCGCAGCCGAUGCCCCAAACUGAAAGGAUUUUAAAUAGAGGCUAAUGAAUGCUCUACCAACUUGCGGCUACAGCGAUACUUCUAAUUAAUAGUUAGUUUCUGCUGCCUCGGAGCAACAGGCCCAGCUCCUUUAUGCGAAAGUUUAGUGCAGUUGUUUGGGAGUGGCUGUGGAUACUCUCUGGGUGUUCAGGUUAUUUGCGCGUUCCAGAGCGCUGUCUGAUGCUGUAGGCGAGUGCGAGCUGUCUAUGGUUUUCCCAUUUUCCUUGAUUU